AUCAAAUCAAAGAAGGUGGAGUUGUUUACAGUAUCCGGAGCGCGAGCUACAAACUACAGAGCGAGCACACGUAUGCGCGAUGUUUCAGAUUGUUAGCGGUGGCGAAAGUGCAACACACGAUGUGGAGCUAGAGGAUUGUCGCCUGAGGCUUGGAGAGGAAAGGAACGCCAGACUGAAAACCAACUCUCGUCUGGUGGAGCUGGAACUGGAGAAUGAGCGUUUGCGCAGUCUGAACCUCUCUCUGUCUGAAGCCCAUAUGAGCACCUCUGUUCUGGAUGAUGAACGUGUGCUGGAAAGCAUCGAGUCUUCCUUUCACAAAUUCCACGCCUUCCUAGAUCUUCUUAAAGAUGCUGGGCUGGGCCAAUUUGCAUCUAUGGCUGGGAUUGACCAAUCAGACUUUGGAAUACUUGGGAAUCCUCAGCUUUCCUCAACAGAGAGAAGGCCUAUAGGCCACGAUGACCAGGCAAAUGAGGAGAAUGUAGCAAUGAUGGGUGUCCCUGUAUCAGGUACGUCUGCUAACAAUGUAGACAUCUCUCAGAGCCAACCACUACAGGAAUUCCAGCCAGCAUGA